AUGGCCUCCGCUUCGCGCGUCACAGUCGCGCUUCAAGAACGCACAUCGCUCUACAGCUCUCUGGCACGCCAGAAGCGCCCGGAAGCCCUCAACGAGUACCUCAUGGACAUUGAGCUUGAGCUGUGGGAUAUAGACACUGCCGUAGCGGUACUCCGGCGUCAGCGCAAUGCACUCAUCCCUAUAUCAAGCCUUCCCCCCGAACUUCUAUCACUCAUCUUUCGCCAUUUGGCGGAUAUACAACCUCACUAUGUCCAACACCAUUUGGAAUAUGAUGCGAUACUCUCCAAAGAAUACGAACGUGAUCUUCGCUGGAUCAAGGUCACGCAGGUUUGUCAUGCCUGGCGUGAGGACGUCUUCGCCGACGGGCAGCUAUGGAUUGCAGCGACCACACUUUACGGAAAGGACUGGUUCGAGUGCAUGAUUCAUCUCGGAAGAUACCAACCGGAGCAAAUGGACAUCAUUCAUGGUCAAUUCUUGUGGCCAAAUCCCCCAACCUUACUAUCAGCCUGUUCCGAGCCAUUUCGCACUGUGUCCCGACUGCGCAUCAUUGGCCGGGAGCACGGCAUAUUCGAAUCAGCGAGUCUUGCGUUACCCGACUUGAAGAGCCUGCAUGUUCAUCUGGACUCCACCGAACGGCCAUACGAACUCUCGGACGCAUUGUUUGAAGGCGCGCCUUCACAGUUACGCGAUCUCUACCUUCAUAAUAUGACCGUUCGUCUGGACGCGUCUUUCAUCUCUUCACUCACACACCUAUCACUCUCCAUGUGGAGUAGAGGCCCGGGAAACAAGAUCUACUACCAGGAACUUGUUGACGCCUUAAACUUACUCUCCUGCCUCAAAAGCUUCACUAUGCAGAGUUACUCCUUCGAGUUCUUGGGUGACGAUACGACCACUGUCGCAGAUGCUAAGGAUAUUGUUUACCCCCAGCUGGCGUACGUCAAUGUCUAUGCGUCUGGACAGAGCGAUCUCACUCUUCUCCUGAUGAGCAAAUUGCGUCCCGCGCCUGAAGCACGUAUGGUAUUUGCUACCAUUCUGCCGGACUUCAACAUGUCGCCCCAUGGUCCCCUAAUCCUCGAGAACUUACAACGAUGCAUGCUCGACUCGAACGUCUCACCCCUGCGCGGAAUGCAGACAACCGAGUGGCGUGCGCGCGCACCGCGCGCUUGGCGCGACUUGCCUAUCGGGGAAGGACCGGGCGCGCCAUGUUUUGGACAUUCUGCCAUUCUAUCUGCAUGGCGCAACAAUCGCUCCGAUGUCCUCCUACGCGACUACGACGACUACUGUGAUCGUCCACUCCCUCCUCCAAACUUCCAGCUCAUACUUGGAGUGCGCACGGGCUCAAGACCCCUUCAACUUGACGGAUUCAUACCCUUUGCAGCCUUUCGUGACGCGCGAUGCUUCUCCGUCCGGCCGGUACAUCGGGCGUCUCUCGACGUAUCCUUCGAUAAUGGUUGGAACGAGCUUUUCCGAGCCGCACCGACGUUGGCCUGGCUACGUGCGGACCGACAAGUGGGAGAAAACCUGGUCCUGAACGCCAAUAUCGCUCACCAAUACUCCACGCACAAACGGUUGGAUCCCUUCCCGGCGAACCUACGGACGUUAGCAAUGCUAGGCAUUCGCUGGGACUACGACUGGGGCGGAGUAUCUGAGCUUCCGGUGCACCGCAUUCUCAACGAAAUAGGGAGUUUGACCAAUAUCGGCGAAGUGAUAGUUGGUAAUGAUACCUACGAAGGGAGAGGCUUGCAGGUUGAAUGGUCCAAUGCCAUCAUGUCGGUCGUGAGACGGCCAGAGUGGUUCAAUGAUGAUCAUAGUGACUGGGAUGGACUGGCGGACAUGUAG